AUGUCGUCGCCGUCGAACAACCGGGGGACGUGCUCCCGGAGCAGCUCUGCGCGGUCCAGGCACAGCGCGCGGGUGGUGGCGCAGACGCCCGUGGACGCGCAGCUGCACGCCGAGUUCGAGGGCUCCCAGCGCCACUUCGACUACUACUCGUCGGUGAGCGCCGCCAACCGCCCGUCGGCGAGCACCAGCACCGUCUCCACCUACCUCCAGAACAUGCAGAGGGGCCGCUACAUCCAGCCCUUCGGCUGCCUGCUCGCCGUCCACCCGGACACCUUGGCGCUGCUCGCUUACAGCGAGAACGCGCCCGAGAUGCUCGACCUCACGCCGCACGCGGUCCCCACCAUCGACCAGCGGGACGCGCUCGCCGUCGGCGCCGACGUGCGCACGCUCUUCCGCUCGCAGAGCUCCGUCGCGCUCCACAAGGCCGCCACCUUCGGGGAGGUCAACCUGCUCAACCCCAUCCUCGUGCACGCCAGGACGUCGGGGAAGCCCUUCUAUGCCAUAUUGCACCGCAUCGACGUCGGCCUCGUCAUCGACCUCGAGCCGGUCAACCCAGCUGACGUGCCUGUCACCGCCGCGGGCGCGCUCAAGUCGUACAAGCUCGCCGCCAAGGCCAUCUCCAGGCUGCAGUCGCUGCCCAGCGGGAACCUGUCGUUGCUGUGCGAUGUGCUUGUCCGUGAGGUGAGCGAGCUCACGGGCUAUGACCGGGUCAUGGCGUACAAGUUCCAUGAGGAUGAGCAUGGUGAGGUCAUUUCCGAGUGCAGGAGGUCCGAUCUGGAGCCGUAUCUUGGCCUGCACUACCCAGCCACCGACAUCCCGCAGGCGUCCAGGUUCCUGUUUAUGAAGAACAAAGUGAGGGUGAUAUGUGAUUGCUCUGCCACUCCAGUGAAGAUCAUUCAGGAUGAUAGCCUAGCACAGCUUCUCAGCCUCUGUGGUUCCACCCUCAGGGCUUCCCAUGGUUGCCAUGCACAGUACAUGGCAAACAUGGGUUCUGUUGCAUCUCUUGUGAUGUCAGUCGCUAUAAACGAGGAUGAGGAGGAAGAUGGGGAUACCGGGAGUGACCAACAACCGAAAGGCAGGAAGCUGUGGGGGAUGGAUGCUCCUGUUGGGAUAUUUACCCAGUCACCUAAUGUGAUGGAUCUAGUAAAGUGCGAUGGAGCUGCAUUGUAUUACCAGAACCAGCUUUUGGUGCUCGGAUCAACACCCUCCGAGUCAGAGAUAAAGAGCAUUGCCACAUGGCUGCAGGAGAACCAUGAUGGUUCAACUGGGCUGAGUACUGACAGCUUAGUGGAAGCAGGUUACCCUGGUGCUGCUGCACUUCGUGAAGUUGAGAUCAAGUGGGGUGGGGCUAAGCAUGAACCGGUUGACGCAGACGACAAUGGCAGGAAGAUGCAUCCACGAUCUUCAUUCAAGGCCUUCUUGGAGGUGGUUAAAUGGAGAAGUGUUCCCUGGGAGGAUGUUGAAAUGGAUGCUAUCCAUUCUUUGCAGUUAAUAUUACGUGGCUCCCUGCAAGAUGAAGAUACCAACAGAAACAAUGUAAGGUCCAUUGUAAAAGCUCCAUCUGAUGAUAUGAAGAAGAUACAGGGGCUACUUGAACUAAGAACAGUUACAAAAGAGAUGGUCCGCUUAAUUGAGACAACAACUGCCCCGGUCUUGGCUGUCGACAUUGCCGGAAUUGAAGAGCAAAAUCUGGAAAUGAAGCUUAAAGCAUUCCAUGAACAGGAAUGCAAUGGUCCAGUAAUCUUGAUGGUUAACUCCUGCUGUAAUCGGGACCUUUCAGAGAAAGUCAUUGGAGUUUGCUUUGUAGCACAAGAUUUGACGAGGCAGAAGAUGAUUAUGGAUAAGUAUACUAGGAUACAAGGAGACUAUGUUGCCAUAGUAAAGAACCCCAGGGAGCUGAUCCCUCCCAUAUUUAUGAUCAAUGAUCUUGGUUCCUGCUUAGAGUGGAAUAAAGCUAUGCAAAAGAUUACCGGUAUACAGAGGGAAGAUGCGAUAGACAAGUUCUUAAUUGGGGAGGUCUUCACCCUUCAUGAUUAUGGCUGUAGGGUGAAAGAUCAUGCUACUCUAACGAAACUUAGCAUACUGAUGAACGCAGUGAUUUCUGGUCAGGAUCCUGAGAAGCUCCUUUUUGGUUUCUUCGACACAGAUGGGAAGUAUAUUGAAUGCUUGCUGACAGUGAACAAGAGGACAAAUGCUGAGGGUAAGAUCACUGGCGCUAUUUGCUUUCUGCAUGUGGCCAGCUCAGAGCUUCAACAUGCUCUCCAGGUGCAGAAAAUGUCUGAACAAGCUGCCACAAACAGCUUUAAGGAAUUAACUUACAUUCAUCAAGAAUUAAGGAACCCACUCAAUGGUAUGCAAUUUACUUGCAACUUAUUGGAGCCUUCCGAAUUGACAGAGGAACAGAGGCAACUUCUUUCAUCUAAUAUUCUCUGUCAGGACCAGCUGAAAAAGAUUUUACAUGACACUGAUCUUGAAAGCAUUGAACAGUGCUAUAUGGAGAUGAACACAGUAGAGUUCAACCUUGAGGAAGCUCUGAAUACGGUCCUAAUGCAAGGCAUUCCUUUGGGCAAGGAAAAACGGAUUUCUAUUGAACGUGAUUGGCCUGUGGAAGUCCUAGCAGACUAUCUGGCAUGCGCCCUUCAAUUCACACAACCAGCUGAAGGACCUAUCGUGCUCCAGGUCAUUCCCAAGAAGGAAAACAUUGGGUCCGGCAUGCAGAUUGCUCAUUUGGAGUUCAGGAUUGUCCAUCCAGCUCCAGGCGUCCCCGAGGCCCUGAUACAGGAGAUGUUCCGGCACAACCCAGGGGUGUCCAGGGAGGGCCUCGGCCUGUACAUAUGCCAGAAGCUGGUGAAAACGAUGAGUGGCACGGUACAGUACCUACGAGAAGCCGACACCUCGUCGUUCAUCAUCCUGAUAGAGUUCCCAGUCGCCCAGCUCAGCAGCAAGCGGUCCAAGCCAUCGACAAGUAAAUUUUGA